ACAGUUUUAUGCAUGAAAAACUAAACUAUAUCAUCAUACAUGCUGGUAAUCUUUAGGAAAAACUGGUUUCUUUUGUUUAAAGUCACCCAAUUAGAAAUAAAAUACAUGCCGUGUAUUCGCGUUUUUUUAUUAUUGUUAUAUCAAUGAAAGUACUGUUAUUCUAAUAUUGAAAUGGUAAAGUAGUUAUGACUACUGUAGUACUGGCAGAAUUUGGUCUAUACAAAGAUAUGACAAACACGGAGAACAGUCGAUCAUAUAAAACUAUCGUUUGUGGGGUAACUGUUAUUGGAAUAUUUUGUGUUUUAUUUGUGCUGACACUCUUCAUAACAGUAUCAACAUGCAUCCAACUACAAAAUCUGGACUCCUUACCGAACAGUGAAAGGCUGGAUGCAACCUGGAUAUGGCAAGAUUAUCCAAAACCAUUCCAAAAAUCUCCGAAUAGUUUCGAGUUGCCAAGGGGUUUUACAGAAGAAAAGGCUAUGGUGGAAAAGACCCCUUUGUUAGUAAAAACGUUUCUACACCUCAACCCACGUGCUAAAGAAUCGACGAAAUAUCCAAAAAAUAUCCAGGAUAUGAUUGGUUCUAUGGGGAGCAGCAGUGACGUAUAUAAAAAUGUGUAUUUUGGAAAUAUAUCCAGUAUGAAAGAAGAUCAGCUUGAAAUGCUCAAGGAUUUUCGACCCUCUGAUCCUGGGGAGGUAAACUUGUUAGGACCGGCGAGUUUGAGGUUUGUUGUAGCGAAAAAUCAUGAUUUAGGGUAUUCAAGGCCAAAGGAAUUGUACUGGGACUAUCAAAGUGGGAUGAGUUAUUUACCCUCCAAGCCAUUUGCCAUGAUCAUGAAGGUCUAUCCAGCAAGAAAGGAACUUUUGAGAAACCAGUAUAUGAGUGCAAGCUAUAAUAUGUAUAAAAUCUAAAGUCUUCCUAACUGAUCUUCUAAAUUCCUUAUCUUUAAUACAGCUUUACAUAAUUGGUCCUUCAAGCCGGAUUUUUCCUAUUAAUUAACAAUGAGCCUAACAAAUAAACAUAGUUACACAAUA